UAAAUGUAUAGCACGUCCCUUAUCUGGAUAGUUUCAUUUCUACGCCGGUUUUGGUCCGUUUAAGGAGUGUUUGGACACGACUUUACGGCCCAGGCCCAUUAAAAAUUUACAAAAUUUCCCUCCGUCUCUCCGGCGAGGUUCAAUCGGUGACUGUGAAAUGAGAGGGCUGUCGCCGUCUACGAUCAUAAGAUCGUUCUCAGUGUUGAGAAGUGCAAGAUGGCGAGAUUUUCCAAAUUCAAUUCCUUGUUGUUCUUUCUCUACUGGUGAUGAUAAUUAUGACGGAAGAAUCGGUGAUGGAAUGCACAGCUCAAAGGUUAAGGUUUUUGAUCGUGAUCUUAAGCGUAAACAGCGGGACCGAGCUGCUUGGUUGAUGCGCCCAAAGGAUUCGCUUGUUGACAGUGUUGCAGAAAACUUAUUGGACCGUUUGGAGGAUUGCAAGAAGACAUUCCCUACAGCAUUAUGUUUGGGGGGUUCAUUGGAGGCCAUCAGGAGAUUAUUGCGUGGCCGUGGUUCGGUUGAAAAACUGAUCAUGAUGGAUGCAUCACAUGACAUGAUAAAGUUAUGCAAAGAUGAUACAGGUGCACAUGAUCAGAAUGUUGAAACAUCGUUUGUUGUGGGUGAUGAAGAGUUUCUACCAAUAAAAGAAAGUUCAGUAGAUCUAGUUAUAAGUUGCUUGGGUCUUCACUGGACAAAUGAUCUUCCUGGAGCCAUGAUUCAGAGUAGAUUGGCAAUGAAGCCAGAUGGGCUAUUUCUAGCAGCGAUCUUUGGAGGGGAAACCUUAAGAGAACUGAGAAUAGCAUGUACUCUUGCACACAUGGAGCGUGAAGGAGGCAUCAGUCCACGAGUAUCACCAUUGGCACAAGUGCGAGAUGCAGGCAAUCUUUUGACAAGAGCUGGUUUUACCUUGCCUGGUGUAGAUGUUGAUGAGUACGUAGUUCGCUAUCCAAGUGCACUGGAGCUGGUGGAACACUUGCGUGCAAUGGGUGAAACAAAUGCACUUUUACAAAGGAACCCCAUCCUGAAGAGAGAAACAGCCCUUGCAACAGCUGCUAUUUAUGAUUCCAUGUUUGCUGCAGAAGAUGGGACCAUUCCUGCAACCUUCCAGGUGAUUUACAUGACAGGAUGGAAGGAACAUCCUUCCCAACAGAAGGCCAAAAAAAGGGGAUCCGCAACCAUAUCCUUCAACGACAUCCGAAAACAAUUUGGAAAUGACAAUUGAUGUUUUUCUAUAUUUCUCUCACAUUUUGUCUCCCUUGUUUUUAGUACAACAUUUGAGUGAGUGAGAGCUAGAGAUCUAAAAACCGUACUCACAUGUCAGGUCGCUUUUUCCUAAAUAAUUUGUAGUCCAGAAUGUUCCAAUUGGGAAAAUAAUGGUCAUGUGGUUAAGGAGGAGAUAAGAUUAACGGUUCUCUUCCAAAACCCGUAAUUAAUGGUUAUAUGAAACCGUUGUAACACACACCAUUCCCCACACAUUUCUUCCCUCUAUUUCAACUAUUACAGGAUUACAGAUUUUCAAUAUAUUGUUUAUAAUUUUCUACUCA